AUGUUAACUCGACAAGGUGCAGCACAACUUAUCGCAUCCGAAUUUACUCGAUUAUCUAAUAUUGAUAUUGAUUAUCCUGAUCAACAAACACCUAAAUAUUCGGGUAAACCCGAUCAAAAUGCUGAUGAAUGGCUAAACGAUCUUAUUGCAACAUGUCGUAUGGCUGAUAUAACUGAAGCACAAGCAUUAAAACUAGUACCUGUGUUUUUGGAAGGACAUGCUAAACAAUGGUAUUCGGACAACAAGGAAACAUUUGAAACUUGGAAUGUAUUUAAAACUGAAUUUAUUCGAACCUAUUCUUCACCAACUACAUCACAUACUUGA